GCGACAGCCUUAGCCUGGACCCGGAUUAGUGUUAGACAUCCGUUCACACUCACGGCUGAUACACGGCUGAAACGCACGUUACGCAGAGAUAUGUGAAGUACCGGCUAUUCGCUUCGAAACACAGGAAUAUUUUGGCGGUUUGUUCAGCUCUCUGGUGGAGAUGGGAAACUCAUAUGCAGGACAGUUGCGUACCACGCGUUUUGAAGAGGUACUGCACUAUUCCAUUGAGGCAUCUCUGCGUUCCAACACUGUAGUGCCGAGACCAGUGUUCUCACAGCUGUAUCUAGAACCCGAGCAGAGGCCCCUUUCUCAAGAAGGCCAAAUGGAAAAUGAGGAAGAUGAUGAUGAGGAGGGCUCAGAGACUAACAGUCCUCCCAUUCCAUAUCACAUAAAGCCUGCUCCAGAGGGCUCCUGCACCAAUGAUGGAUUUUGUCAGGCAGGAAAAGAUCUGCGACUGACCACGAUGUCCACUGAAAAUCUAGAUGUGCCCCUGGGAUUUCUGCUGGUCGGGGCCAAAUCUCCAAGUAUCCCCGGCCAAAUAUUGGUGUGUGCUGUGGAUCGGCGCUUUCUCCCAGAUGAACGUGGACGUAAUGCACUUUUAGGCUUCUCAGGUAACUGUAUGGGCUGUGGUGAGAAAGGAUUCCGAUAUUUCACUGAGUUCUCCAAUCAUAUCAACCUGAAGCUCACAACACAGCCUAAGAAGCAGAAGCACUUAAAAUACCAUCUUCUCCGCAAUGUGCAGGGCAUGCUGGUCAAGGGCCCACCCAUCUGCUGGAAAGGAAUGAAUAGCCGAGUAAGACAGAACUCUUUAAAUGUGACUGGUGGUCUAGAGGAGCAGCGGUCUGGUUCUGUAGCCAGCAACCCACUGCCUAACACAGGACCUGUCGGUUUAAGUACAGCUAACAGAGAUCUGGACACACAUGUCCCUGCAUCUGAAAUGUCUCCUCAAAUGACCAAUGGAAGCCACAUUCCAGUAUCCCAGCAGCCUCUGCCACAGCCAGGCCUAGUAGCCAGUGGCCCAGGAAGAUCCACAGGACCACCCAAAAAGAGACACAAGGGAUGGUCCCCAGAAUCCAUAGGACCCACUGAAGCAAGUAUUAGACCUGUAUCCUCCAACACAGUCAACGGCACAAAAUCAGACAAUGGGAAUUCAGUGUCUCAAGGGUCUUCACCCUCCAUGCCCUCAGCAGAGUCUGUUGCAGUUCCUAAUAAUCUGCUUCAAACCUGUGGACUGCAGCCAGUUAUAUUUAAAGGACAUGGGGAUCUGCCACAUCUAUCUGGGAACACACGUGAGGUGUUGGUGAAUGGUUGGCUGCAGGCAUGCUACCGAAGCUCCCAGAAUCUUCUACGUGUUUAUGAUCAAUAUGGAGCUUCCUCCAUUCAGCCACUCUCCACUGAGAUGCAGGUCCUGUUGACUGUCUACUACCUGGUACAGCUAGAUUAUUCAACUAUUAUAUGGUGCUGGUGUCCUUGUGCAUCAUAUGUGAUCAUCAAAUGUUUUAUCUUAGGUACAGACCAAAUUCCCUUGAUGGAAGACCUGGAGCAGAUUCUCAUGCACUCUUGGCGUGAGUCUCACCUGACAGAAAUCCGUCAGUACCAGCAAAGUCAUGCACAGUUUCCUGUCCCUUUGCCUGGCCUGGCACAGCCCCUAACCCCCUCUCAGCUCCCUUGGCUGGCCAAGCUGGCAACAAGUUCCUGUGGUGAUGCUGUUCUAGUAUUGGACACAGCACCCUCAGUGUCUGAGGCACUUGCAGAUACAUUCCAGAGGCUAAUGGAGGGCAAGCUUAGUCAGACACAUUUUGUUGUGAUCAUUUGCAUGGGCAGGAGCCAAGAGACUGAGUCCUGCAUAGUGGUUACAGGGAAGCACCAGGCACGAGCACUUGCAGAGAGUAUGCUCUCCCCAAGCGAAUGUGUGAGAGAAAUCAGUCAUGAGCUUUCCUCUGGGAUGACUGCUGAAUUAGAUGCCUAUGUUAGCUCCCUAGGUCCAGAUGGAAAUGUGGAAAGUUUGCUGGAGAAAUUCAAUGCAGAGACUUACAGCCUUUCAGCGCAGACACCUGGAAAGGAAUGCUCUGCAGAAGCCAUGUGUAAAGAAUAUCGGAUAGAAUGGCAUGAGAUUCGGCCCAUUCAGCUAGCUGUGGCACGUAAGCUGUUGUCCCACGUAUGUGCAAUUGCUGACUCUAGCACACACAACUUGGAUCUUGGCUCUUUUGACAAGGUGGAGUUCUUAAUCUGUGUGCCUCCUUCAGAGGUGACCUUCCAGCAAGUGGUCCUGCACCUAUGGAAUUCAGGGGUCCUUAAAGAGUUAGGCAUGGACCAGGACUGUUUGUCACCAAAGGAUGCUGAGCAGUAUGUGGUCAAAUUAGAUCAAGCUGCUGUAGCAAAGAUCAAUGGUCUCAUUCAGAAAUCAAAGUUGAACCCAUAUACUCUUUUUAUACUGGUACAUGACCAUGCACACUGGGACAUUAGCAGUGAACAGUGUGGAAGGGUUGGUGGCUUGUCCAACUCAGGACUAGUGGACAGUCUACUGAACUGCAAGCAUAUUCAAGAGGCACCCAAUGUUCUGAUUCUUCACGUCACCUCAUUCCCCUUUGCCCUGCAGACUCAAUACACACGCAUCAGCCCCUACAAUGAAAUCCACUGGCCAUCAGCAUUCAACAAUGAUGUUGAUCUUUACCAUGAAAAAACAAGAUACUUUGGUGUGUCUGAGCUGCUGGAAUCCACAAGAUCAGGGAGCGGCUUGCCUCUGCUGCGCUUUGACAGUUCGUUUGAGAGCAUGGUCAAUGCCCUGGAAGAGAGGUUUCCAAAAUUGCACAGCUCAGUAAUCCGCACCCAAGUGCUUCUCCAGCACUAUUCUGUGGCUCUGUUAGCUGCAGUCAGAGGCCAGGUCCAGCUGCAGAAGCACACAUCUGUAGAGACGCUGGAAAUAGUACAAUGUCUGCUGGGCUCAACACAACAUUGCCCCAGCCACCAUGGGUACAUGCUCCUGCUGCGUAUACCUUUUCCAUGUCUGGCAGCUCUGGCACAUCAGCGUCUAUGUCACAUACGUGAUCGCCUGGGCCUCCACAAGCACUUUGAAAUUGUGCUGGGAGACCCCUCAUCUGGGAUCAUUGUGGGCAAGCACUUCCUAAGCCAGCUGAGGGUCUGGCUGAAGAUCCAAGACCCAGACUGGACUCCUCGCACAUACCUUGAUUUAGAGGCUUUGCCCUGCAUUCUCAUCUUUACUGGAUUGGAUCCAAUGGGAGAGUCUUUGCCAAGGUCUCUGAAAUACUGUGAUGAGCGUGUAAUAAGCUGCUGCGCUCUGCAACGCACAGCUCUGGAGCAGGAACUUGGUCUGGCUGCAUACUUGGUGCGUGUGGAGGAGCAGAGGCAGCAUGGGCUACCCAUGUCCAGUGACCUAUCUGAGAGUGAUCCUGAUAAACUCAGCAGCACCGACAAUGAGGAGGAAGAGUCCAUAGUGAAUGCAGUGAGUAGUGCUCUCCCUGGCCAGGAACACUCUCAGCAAACUCAGGAUGAAUUCUCUCCUAACAAACCAAGUCAAUCAUCAAAAUCCACCUCCCCUGGCUCCCUUUCAUCUUCGCAGACCUCUCCACAGCGAUACUGCUGCUCCUGGGCCCAUAACAUUAAUAGGCCACCUGUGGUCCUUCUCCCCAAAGCUUUGUAUGAUCUGCUUACCAGUGUAGAUGCCAGUGGCUUGCCCAAGCCAAUGUCCUUCCUCCCACACCCAUAUGUAGAGUGGGCCAGCUCUUUCAGGCCCCUUCUUAGCAAGAUUAUGACAUGUACAGAACAGUCUUUGUACUACAGGCAGUGGACUGUACCCAAACCUCAGCACAUGGACAGCAGCAAUUGGGGACGCACUGACAACUUUCACCCUCGAAGACUGCUCCUCAGUGGGCCACCACAAGUUGGAAAGACCGGUGCAUAUCUGCAGUUUCUAGGAAUUCUCUCUAGAAUGCUGAUCAGGCUUAUGGAGGUAGACAUCUUUGACGAAGAGGACAUCAAUCACAAUUGCCAGUCAGAGGUGGUGAAAUAUCAUCAGGCUAAUGCAUCAUGGCCCAAUGCUGACACCUUGAGAGGAAUGCCUUUUGACUUUACCAUUCAUGACCCCAAAUAUGAGGACAUCAGUGCCAUCUACUCUCCUGACUUUACUCCAAAUUUAGAACGAAACCCCCGACGUCAGGAAGAUGUGUACCUUCGUCGUCGUACAGCCCGGAUAAAACUCUCCAAAUAUGCAGCCUAUAAUACUUACCAUCACUGUGAGCAGUGCCAUCAGUAUAUGGGAUUCAACCCUCGAUACCAGCUGUGUGAGUCUACCCUGCAUGCCUUCACCUUCUCUCAUCUGCUACUUGGGGAGGAGAUACAGCUCUAUUUCAUAAUCCCUAAAUCCAAAGAGCAUCACUUCUCCUUUAGCCAACCAGGAGGCCAGCUUGAGAGCAUGAGACUGCCCCUUUCCUCUGAUUGGAAUCCUGAUUGUAUAAAGAGUCCGAUAUUUACACCCACAACGGGUCGCCAUGAGCAUGGCCUGUUCAACCUGUAUCAUGCCAUGGAUGGAGCCUCCCACCUUCACAUCCUGGUGAUCAAAGAAUAUGAGAUGGCUGUGUAUAAAAAAUACUGGCCUAAUCACAUCAUGUUAGUGCUGCCCAACAUCUUUAAUGGAGCUGGAAUAGGAGCAGCACAUUUCCUAAUUAAAGAGUUGUCUUAUCAUAAUCUGGAGCUGGAGCGCAGUCGAAGAGUGGAGCAUGGCAGUCGUCCUCAGGAUGUCUGGCCCUUUAUCAUCCUGGCAGAUGACUCCUGUGUCAUGUGGAACAGUGUUGACAUUGACCCCAAGAGUGGUACUGCUGGACCAGAGAGGAAUGUGUCACUGAAGCAGUUGCUGCAGCACAUGGAGUCAUCUCCAGAUAUCACUCAGUAUGCCCUGUGUGGCCUGAGGAAGUGGUCAAGUCGUGGAGCUGGCACUGGACGAAGGAGAGAACCCUUCUCACAUGGACACCUACAUGAUUUUCUGCUCCUCAACGUGGACCUCACUCAGAAUGUGCAGUACAAUCAAAACCGAUUUACCUGUGAUGAUGUAGACUUCAACCUUCGCGUCCACAGUGCAGGCCUUUUAAUUUUCCGCUUUAACAACUUUAGUGUAAUGAAGAAGCAGAUUGCCAUAGGGGGAUAUCGUACAUUUAUAAUCAAGACCAAGGUGACUGAUGUAAUAACCACAGUGCAGCCAUCUCAGUAUAUCUGUGCUCCAGAUAGCAAGCACCUGUUCCUGGCAACUCCAGGUCAGCUUCUGUUGGAGAAAUACCUCCAACACACAAGUCAGCGGCUUUUCCCCCUGAGCACUGGCAAUAAUAGCCAUCCGGUUCUUUCUGUCGACUGCUACCUCAACCUGGGCCCCGAGAUAACAGUGUGUUUUGUCAGCUCAAGGCCACACUCUGUCAACAUCAGCACAGCAGGUUUGUUCUUCAGUGGCCUCCUGCUCUACUUCUGUGACUCUUUCGUUACACCAGGUUUCCUCAAGAAAUUCCAGUUUCUGAAAGGGGCAACUCUGUGCGUAAUCUGCCCAAACCGCAGUGCUCUCCGUCAGACAGUGGUACGGCUAGAGCUGGAGGAUGAGUGGCGUUUCCGGUUGAGCGACGAGUUUCAAACGGCCAAUGCCAAAGAGGAUCAGCCACUCUUCUUUCUCACAGGAACACAUAUCUGACUCUGCAAUUGGUACCUUCAUGUACAUAUAUUUCUGUAUAUUAGAUGCUGUACUGUAUUUUAGAUUAGUACUCUUGCCUAGGUGUUAUUAUGUUUGUGCUGUGUUUCUCUCCUCUCUGUGUUCUUGCAUAAGUCCAAAUGAAAUGUGAUUUAUAACAGUACUUGGUUACAUAUGUAUAUGAAAAAUUAUAUUUAUUACCUGCUUUGUAGCUGUCAUUUGAACACACAUUCUGUGUUCAUUUUUAUGCAUUUUUUGUAUUAUUGUCAUAAUUCAUUUAUGGAGAAUUGUACAAUUCAUUGAAUGUUUCUUUGCAUGUUUCAAGGAUAUUUUGUAGAGAAAGAAUAUUUUUGUAUAUAUUUAUGUAGCCUGUUCUAUGCUCUUGAUUGUUUUAUUAGAUAUUUGUGAGUACAUUGUCAUUGUACAGUUUUAGUAAAGUUUCUCUGCAUCAUCUUGGUUGAUUUUGAUCAGUUCUGUGCUAUUUGUUCAGUACCUGCAGGUCAACAGUAGAGGGCAUUAUAAUGGUAACAAUAUCUUAUUCCUAACAAGUGGUUUUGUGUAAAUAAAUGGCUUAGUUAAAAAGUCUACAACAAUAACCUGUCAGUAGCUCAUCCACAAUAAAGUUCCAGUUUCUUAC